UGUGAAGCGAAGGGUGGUUGCUGGCAAUGCCUCAAAUUCACGGACCUGCUCGUGUGCCGUGGUCCAAAGUGGCCUCUGACAAGCAGCCACCGUUAAGAACCGGCUUUGGUGCUUCAUAUUGAGCAAUUAUUGUUUCUUCCUCGACUUGCAUCACGUUUGCCCUUCGUUACACUCGUUUCCAUCCUAGACUUGUCCAUUCACGCAAGAGGUCAUCCAGGCUCGUUGCCAUCCUUUGAUCAAUCCACCCCUCUAUCUUACACUCGACCUUUGAAGAUGUCGUCCAAAUUCACCGAGCAUCUGGAGCCCGGAUUCAAAAGUACAUCACCACAUUCAGACGUCAGACUAGAAGACAUCAUCGGCGCCGUGGAUCUUUCAAAGCGCCACAGAACAUCGUCAGAAGCGAGCUCGCGGAGCACAAGUUCAUCGAGUUCGGAUCGAGCGGAAGUGAAAGGACGGAAGAGGCUUUCUAAAUUGUUGACGGGAAAGAGAUGAUGCGACAGCAAUAUGCGUCCUUUCCGGAAGCCUUCUAUCAAUCAGCCAUGAGGCAACAAAUUUUCUUGACACGAUCAACACCACUUUUUCGGUGUCGUUGGCGUUGCAGCCAUACAAAAGUUCACCCAUCCAUUCGCCAUGUCGAAUUAUCUCCUUGACUGUUGGAGCAACUUGCUGGACUUUGUAUUAUUGUCCUUUGAGGCUAGGGUGUGAAUUGCAUACAGUCCCAACAACAGAACCCCUUGUCGAUCAUCCUGGCGAGCAGUACUGGUGUCGACAUUUUGCCUCACACAAGCACCAAGUUCUAGAUUCGAGGAUUGAGGAAGCCACCCUCCCAAAGAAAGCGAAGAUCGGCAAACACUAGGACUUCGUUCUCGAAAUGGGCAUUGAGUGAUCCAAAGCCCCACUCGAAGUCAGUGAGUGCAGAAAUCUUGGGGCUUGUCGAUCGAGGGCACUGGCAACGCCCGCCCGGCCCACAUUCGUGGUAUUACUCACCCAAAUUCAUUCUGUACAGUACUACUGUUAAGAGUUCAACACCACCUGUACCACCAAGGUAUGGGUUGGCCGUUUUGACACUCAUUCCUUCAUUGUGAAUGGACUGUGAGCACAAAGUUGGUGUGUAUUUCUACGAGGACCAUCUCGUUGGGGCACGACGCGACGAUACCAAUCAAGCCAAAACUCUCCAUUGGAUUUGAAACCUUGGGGCCUUGUUCAAUUCGUCAAACAAAUUUAAGCAAGCGAUAUGAAUGUUUCUUCAACCAUAGUCCAAACAAUCACAUCUUGAUUUCCCCGUGUCCUUAGAGUCCCGAGCCGAAGGUCCACGGUCGUGUUCAAACCUUGUCUCCUGAAUUAGUUCCGGCUGCCCCUGGUUGUGAGUCAAGACUUUGUGCGUGCCAUGAGAUGUGCAACACUGUUGUGGCAUGUCCCGACUGUGCGAGCCGCCCGCGAGACCCCCCAACCCUGUG